GGGAGGCAUGAAGGCCGUUAUCAUCGCCGAUACUUUCCAAGCUGCAGUACUAAUUGGUUCGUUGUUCCUAAUAGUCUAUUUUGGCGAGAAUUCCUCGGAGAUCGUGGGGUUAUUUGGUCGCAGAGUUUCAACAGUGGUCGACUUGAAUUAUUUGAUUUAGAUCCAAAUCUGACGGUAAGGCACAGUUUCUGGUCUGUCGUCAUAGGAGGAACAUUUUACUGGAUGACGAUGUUUGCUCUAACCAAGCCUCGAUUCAGAAGUACAUGUCCGUUCAAAGCCAGAGUCAAGUGAAAAAAGCAAUUUGGACGUCAUGCUUUGGAUUAAUAAUAAUAUACUCAGUAAAUUUCUACACUGGAAUGAUUAUGGUCGCUCACUAUAAGGAUUGCGAUCCCAUUAAAUCUGGUGAAAUAAGGGCAGCUGAUGAGAUCCUUCCUUUGUAUGUCAUCUCUACGAUGGGUCACCUUAAAGGCGUUACCGGUUUCUUCGUUGCCGGCAUUUUCGCUGCUAGUUUGGGUUGCUUCAGCUCUCAACAGCCUUUCUGCCGUUACUAUAACAGGAUUUUCUUCACUCCGCUCUUGGGAUACAUCUGCCUGACAAGAAAGGCGCUUAUACAGCGCAACUUUUGUCUGUUUUUGUAAUCGCUAACCUGGGCAGCAUAAUGCAAGUUGCAAUCAGUUUCAACGGAAUGGUUGGAGGUGUAACCCUAGGACUUUUCUCUUUAGGAAUGUUUUUCCCUUGGGCUAAUUCAAAGGGUGCGAUCUUCGGAGCUACGGUGGCUACAUGCCUUAUCACCUUGAUGUGCAUAGGGCAACAAGUUGCUAUAGCAAAUGGGACAUUCGAGGAGCAAGUGAAGCCCACAAGCAUCGAAAACUGCUGCUGUCUGAAUAUUACGAAAAUAGGGACUAAGGACAUUAUACCC